AUGAAUAAAGUAGAUAAAUAUUAUGGAUUUUAUAAUAAAUUAUUGAAAUCUUCAAUAUUAUCCAUUAUUUUAUGUUUAUUUCAAGGACAAAAUUUUAAAAUUGUUCAAGGCGAUGUCUUGUUUCAAUUUAACAUAAUUCCACAUAACUUAUCGAAUUUUUUACGGUUGUUUUCAUGUAAACAUUCAGAAGUUCAUUCAAUAGAUCAUCGAUUUAAUAAUUCUCUUGAUUAUGAAAAACAUGACAAAUUACUUUCGCCGUUUUUAGACAGCUGUAUUUCUGUUAAAAUUUGUUUGUUACCAUUUUCUGAUUUAUGGAGCUUUAAUGAUUUUACACAUUGCAAAUAUGGAGUCACAGUUGACACACUAUCGAAAUCAAAUUUUCUCGGUAAUUACACUAGAAGCAACAUAUCAGUAGUGUAUAAAGAUGUCUGGCCUGUAGAUAUUUUACUGGUUAUUCAAUUCAAAAUGUGUUGUAUGAUGAAUAUAAAUCCACGGAUUAAUGAAACAUAUUACAUUUUAUCAUUGAAAGAUGUACAUCCAUCAAAACAGAAAUAUUAUCAAAUAUUGAAAAGAAUUCAUAAUACUACUUAUUAUAUUACUAAUUCAAGUAAUCAAAAUGAUGAUUUAAGUAUUCAUUAUCAAGUAUUAUGUAAUAAUAAUUUCUAUGGUAAUUAUUGUGAAAUAUUUUGUCAAGAACAAAAUGGUAUUCAUGGAUAUUAUAAAUGUGAUGAACAAACAGGUAAUCAUAUAUGUCAACAUGGUUGGAGUGGUAAGACAUGUACCGAAGCUAUAUGUGACUUUGGAUGUCUACAUGGAAGAUGUAUAAAACCGGGUUAUUGCCAUUGUGAUAGCGGUUGGUAUGGAAAGGAUUGUAGUCAAUGUCGUGUUUAUCCUGGAUGCCUUCAUGGUGGUUGUGAAGUUGGUAAACGUAAUUAUUCACUUAUUCCUUUCACAUGUGAAUGUGAUCAUGGCUGGGGAGGCAUGUUAUGCGACAAAGACCUACGUUAUUGUAGUAGUCACUUGAAUAUAUGCAAUAACAAUGGAAUAUGUGUAAAUAAUGAUGCAAAUAUUGGUGUCCCUUAUCAAUGUAUUUGCCCACCUGGAUUUCAUGGUGAUCAUUGUGAAAUAAUUGAUUAUGACUGUCGAGUUCAUGGAUGUAAUGCAAAUGGAGAAUGUAUUGUGCAUGAAAUAGGAUCGACAACCUGUUACUGUCACCCCGGUUAUCAUGGAAAUCUUUGUCAGUUUAACCAAACAACCUGCGAAGAAUUUCCAUGUCAGGCAACAGGGUCAAUAUGUAAAGAACGAGAAAUGACUGGUGUACUAUUUCCUUCAAAUGGCCAACAGUUUGUAUGUAUCUGUCCUCCAGGAUUUGAAGGUUCCAACUGUGAAAUUAACAUCAAUGAAUGUUUUGAAAAGCCUUGCAAAAAUGGUGGACUUUGUAAAGAUGUUGUGAACGGUUAUCAGUGUGUAUGUCCGUCUGGUUAUAAUGGAGAUAACUGUGAAAAUCAAGAAUACAACUGCAUUACAAAGAAAUGCCCUUAUGGUUAUGAAUGUUUUACAAACAGUACAACAUCAUUAUGUGUUUCCUCAAUUCCUCAUAAGUCAACAGCGUUACAUUCCUCAAACAAUCAAACAAAAUCUGGAAUAUCGUUUGAAGAUAUACAGCCAACUUACUUAAAAUUUACACAGUUCUCCAAUGGCCCCUCAAUUGUGAUAUUUACUCUAUUAACUCUUUUCAUUGUAAUUAUAUCACUUCUUUUAUUGAAAUAUGUUUUAAAGUUAAAUGCAUUCAGACAAAUCGCUUACUAUAAUCAUGAGUCUGAUGUGGAAUUAAAUUAUGUAAGAAAUUCAAUGAACACAAGAAGCAACUUUGUAUUUAAUCAAUUCAAAGAACUGAGAAACAGCUGCUAUUUGAAAAGUAACUUGUACAUUGAUCAUGUAAAUAAAUUGGCAGACAUCGAGAAGUGA